AUGGCCAGACAGAACUUUAUUGGGUUUGUCAUUUCCCAAGGGAAGAUGGACAAGACCGUGAAAGUGCGGGUCAUGCAGAAGGUGCUGAACCAGAAACUGCAAAAAGAAUAUCUGAAAAAAAAGGAUUUUCUGGUCCAUGACGAAGCCAACAUUUGCAAAGAAGGAGAUCUGGUGAGAAUCGAGGCCACACGUCCGCUGAGUGCGCGCAAGUCGUUUGCUGUGGCGGAAAUCAAGAAAAAUAAAGGUGAGGAGUUCCAGCACUACCAGGAGGAGGCCAAACGACUGGUGGCAGAGGAAGAGACCAGGAAAAGACAAGACCUGCUCAGGAGAAGAGAAUUGUACGAUAACAACUAUUCGACGCUAUACGACGAUUUGGACGAGGUGAAGAUGCUCAGAAAACCUUAUUCGGAGCUGUCUGAGGAGGAGCGCGAGAAGAUAGCCAGCCUGAAACUGAAAUAUGGAAUCUCCAACUGGGACACGGACUUCGAGAACCAGGAGCUUUACAUGUCGGACCUCUGGCAUCUCUCAAACAAGCUGGAGUCGAUUCGGUCGGAUUUGGAGCUCAGCAAGAAGCUGGACCACAUAAUAGCUCAAGGAGAAUCCAAUACAGCGUUCAAAAUGCUUAUAAAUAGACUCGAACUGGAUCCGGCAACUACCAAGAGAAACAUUCUGAAAAACAAAAUGAGGAAAUUCUUACAGACCGCAUCGCGGGAGGAGCUGGGCCAAUGGGGCAUCGAUCUGUAA